GUCAAAGUGGAGAAACUAUUGGGUGAGACACAAAGAGAUCCGGUUUUAGGGAUGUCGUAACGUUGAUACAUUGUCUCUAAGCUCUGAUUUAGAGAGGGAGUGGGAGGGGCAAACAACAACGACAAGAACAGCGAAGGAAAGCAACAACAGCUUCAGUCUUACAUUAUUAUGAGUGCUUAAAAAAAAAAGGCAAAGCAGUAUUGGAGACUUGAAAAGGAAGGUGGUUUUAAGGGGACCAGACAAAAGCAGAAAGCGGUUUUGUAACUGAAACGGGGCGUGGCCAAAGAUUAUUAAAAGAGGGAAAAGAAAAGAAAAGAAUCCUCACUGUCGUUACACAAAAACUACCAACAAUGAAUUCAUAUAUAACCGUCAGGCCUAGUUCGGCUGGUGAUGAUCUAUAUCAAGAAUUAUGGAAGCUAUGUGCAGGCCCCUUGGUGGAGGUUCCUCGGGUUCACGAGAGAGUUUUUUACUUCCCUCAGGGUCACAUGGAACAAUUAGAAGCAUCGACAAAUCAGGAACUUAGCAAUCAAACCCCACUGUUUAAUCUUCCUUCUAAGAUCCUAUGUCGUGUUCUUCACGUGGAGUUACUGGCAGAACAAGAGACAGAUGAAGUUUAUGCUCAGAUCACUUUGCAGCCUGAAGAUCAAAGUGAGCCUACAAGUCUUGAUCCCUUCCCAACCGAGGCUCCAAAGAGGAAAGUUCAUUCCUUUAGUAAGAUUCUAACGGCAUCAGACACUAGCACUCAUGGAGGGUUCUCUGUUCUCCGAAAGCAUGCAACUGAGUGCCUUCCUCCUUUGGACAUGAAUCUAGCAACUCCAACUCAGGAGUUGGUUGCCAAAGAUCUUCACGGGUAUGAGUGGCGGUUCAAGCAUAUAUUUAGAGGGCAACCACGGAGACAUUUACUUACAACAGGGUGGAGCACUUUUGUGACUUCGAAGAGAUUAGUUGCUGGAGAUGCAUUUGUGUUUCUUAGAGGUGAUAAUGGAGAACUAAGAGUUGGGGUUCGGCGGCUUGCUCGUCAACAGAGCACAAUGCCUUCGUCUGUGAUAUCCAGCCAGAGCAUGCAUUUAGGAGUGCUUGCUACUGCUGCUCAUGCUGUUACAACUCAUACCCUCUUUGUUGUGUAUUACAAACCAAGGACAAGCCAAUUCAUAAUUGGAGUAAACAAGUAUCUGGAGGCUAUUAACAAUGGAUUCUCUGUUGGCAUGCGUUUCAAGAUGAGAUUUGAGGGAGAAGACUCUCCUGAAAGAAGGUUCACAGGUACCAUAGUUGGGGUUGGAGAUAUUUCCCCACAUUGGUCAGAAUCUAAAUGGCGGUCCUUGAAGAUUCAAUGGGAUGAACCUGCAGCAAUACAAAGGCCAGAGAGAGUUUCUCCUUGGGAAAUAGAGCCGUUUGUAGCUUCUGCUUCUACAAAUGCACAACCUACUAUAAUGUGCAAAAGACCAAGACCUGUCGAUAUUCCAGCUUCUGAAAUUACUACCAGUUCAGCUGGUUCAGCCUUCUGGUGUCGUGAGUCAAUCCAGUCUCAUGAACUAACACCAGUGGGAAGCACACUUGAGGUCCAGAGCAGUGAAAACCAGGUUAUGUGGCCUAUGAGGCAGAAAGAAGCUGAUAAUUGUCUUAUCAAUGGUAAUGGAGGUUACAAAUCAAGGACUCCACCUGAAAAUGCCUGGCCACCUUCUCCUCUUGUGAAUGUAUCUUUGAACCUUUUUCCUGACUCAAUGGAGAACAACUACAAAACAGGAGCAUUGCAAACCGCUCUCACUGGUUAUGCCAAGGGCCUAAUGCAUGAUCAAGUUGAAAAAAGAAAAACUGAGACUUUCACAGGUUGCCGGUUGUUUGGGUUUAAUUUGACAGAUAGCACUAGUGUAGCUGCCCCCCCUGACAAGGAACAAACGAGCACAAGUAUUGACUACAAUGGUGUGAGAGGGCAUGUCCCUGCUGCGUUUCAUGUUGAACAGAAACCAGAAACUUCAAAGGAGCAGAAGCAAGUUGCAUCGGAGACAUCAACCCAGGAGAUGCAAGCUAAGCAGGGUUCUGCAACUUCCAUGAGAAGUCGUACCAAGGUACAUAUGCAAGGGAUUGCAGUUGGCCGUGCUAUUGACUUAACUGCACUGAAAGGAUAUAAUGAUCUCAUAAAUGAGCUGGAGAAAAUGUUUGAGAUCAAGGGAGAGCUUUGUCGUAGUGGUCAGUGGUCCAUUGUUUUUACUGAUGAUGAGGGUGAUAUGAUGCUCGUGGGUGAUGAUCCCUGGGUUGAAUUUUGUAAGAUGGUGAGAAAGAUCUUCAUAUAUUCAAGCGAGGAGGUGAAGAAGAUUAGUACAAGAUGCAAAUUUCCAGCAUCAUCUAUGGAGUGUGAAGGGACGGUUGUAAGCUUGGACUCAGAGCAUAGGUCUGUUUGAAAACCCUAACUUAGCUUUGUUUUGUUGUCGUUAGUUUGCAAUGGUGGAAGAGAAAUGUAGCUGGUUUAUUUUGCUUAGUUUUUUUUAUUUUUAAUUUUAUUUUGAGAGCUUUGCUCAAGGACAGUAGAAGAGUGAAUGAAGUGCAGAAACUAAACUCUUUAGUUGAUGGUAAAAAAGAAUAGGAAGACUUUGAUUAGUUAGAAAUGGAAGGAUUGAGUUUAGCUUUUGCUUUGUUUGGGUGGUAGCGUGGUUUCAGUGACAGAGUGAAGCAGCCUGUAAAAAUAUAAAUGCUUGCAUUUAGUUGUUUUUGGCUGGUUUCCCCUGGAUGCCAUAUUCUAA